ACAUAUACAUUGCACUCAGUCUAGACAGAGAGAGAUAGAGAGAAAGAUGGGUACUAAAACGGAAAUGAUGGAGAGAGACGCAAUGGCUACCGUGGCUCCUUACGCGCCGGUCACUUACCAUCGCCGUGCUCGUGUUGACUUGGAUGAUAGACUUCCUAAACCUUAUAUGCAGAGUUAUGUAUUAUAUAUGUAUGGAAUGCGUGUAGAUAUGCCGAGAGCAUUGCAAGCACCAGACAGAGAACAUCCUUACGGAACCCCAGGCCAUAAGAAUUACGGACUUAGUGUUCUCCAGCAACAUGUCGCCUUCUUUGAUAUCGAUGAUAAUGGCAUUAUCUACCCUUGGGAGACCUACUCUGGACUGCGAAUGCUUGGUUUCAAUAUCAUCGGGUCGCUUAUAAUAGCUGCUGUUAUCAACUUGGCCCUUAGCUAUGCUACUCUUCCGGGAUGGUUACCUUCACCUUUCUUCCCUAUAUACAUACACAACAUACACAAGUCGAAGCAUGGAAGUGACUCGCAAACAUAUGACAAUGAAGGAAGGUUUAUGCCGGUGAAUCUUGAGUUGAUAUUUAGCAAAUAUGCAAAAACCUUGCCAGACAAGUUGAGUCUUGGGGAACUAUGGGAGAUGACAGAAGGAAAUCGUGAUGCGUGGGACAUUUUCGGAUGGAUUGCUGGCAAAGUGGAGUGGGGACUGUUGUACUUGCUAGCGAGGGAUGAAGAAGGGUUUUUGUCAAAAGAAGCAAUUAGGCGGUGUUUCGAUGGCAGCUUGUUCGAGUACUGCGCCAAGAUCUACGCUGGUAUCAGUGAAGACAAGACAGCAUACUACUAAAGGUAUCCUUUACGUUAAGGAAUUGAUCGACGCUUUAGGCUAAUAAUCGAUCCAUGUUAAGAGAUCUAUGUUUGUUCUUUUUCCAAAUCUGUAUGGUAAAGUAUAUGUUGCAGCUUAUAUAGAUAAGCUUGUGUGUCCUGUUGCGUUAGUCUGUUUGUAUCAACCUUUUUUCAAUUUAAAAGAAAUAUAUACAACCAAAAGUGUAUUGAAAUAUA